UAUCAUAUAAUAUUGACCGUUAAGGUGAUUCCGUCAUUGACUUUGUCUUUUACCAACCAUAAGAUAGCAGUAUAGCACUCGUUGUCGACUUCACGUGAAAGGAAACUAAAGCCCAAAAAUGGGUUCGUUGGUCCAUAAAAUGAAGUACCCUUCUUUAUUUAUUUUUCAAGUUCAGUUGACAUAAUUAUUUUUCAACAAAGAAACAACUGAUAAGACAAAUUUUGUAUUAAGUUAUUUAUCAUUUUUAUUAUAUACACUACUAGAAAAGGAACAUCGCAUCAAAUUAACAACUCAAAAAAAAAAGGUUUGUAGUAACAAUUAUAAGUAAUUUGUUCAAAGUAAAUUAAAUAACGCGCACAAAUACCUCUUAUAUAAUUAAUUCUCCGACCGAACACUGAAGUUGACAAGAACAUUUGGAAAUUUCAACGCCAAACACUGACGAUUCACCUGUCACUAUUAGCUUGUCCAUUAAGCAUGAACCAUGCUCUUCAUCGAGUAUGUGGUAUUAUAUAUACGUGGCUUUAUAUGUUUGAUCGAUCAUUCCUGCAAGAAAAACAUCAUCUCUGUAUUAACUCUCUGAAGCAAAUUAAAUCAUCUCCAUGGCUUUAUCUCAUAUUUUGGUAGAAGAUCGUCAAGUUCCUCUUGAUGCUACCUCCGAUCUACCUACUUUAUUCGACGGAACCACACGGUUGUACAUAAGCUAUACUUGCCCAUUUGCACAACGUGUUUGGAUUACAAGAAACCUCAAGGGUCUGCAAGAGAAUAUCAAAUUGGUUCCUAUAGACCUUCCUAAUAGACCAGCUUGGUUCAAGGAGAAAGUGAAUCCUGCAAACAAGGUACCUGCUCUUGAACACAAUGGCAAAAUCAUGGGGGAGAGUCUAGAUUUAAUCAAAUAUGUGGAUAGCAAUUUCGAGGGUCCUUCACUUUACCCCCUGGAUCCUGAAAAGAGAGACUUUGGUGAAGACAUGUUGAAAUAUGUUGAUACAACAUUCACUAAAGUUGUGUUUGGCUCUUUCAAAGGUGACCCGGCUAAAGAUACGGCACCGGUCUUCGAUCACUUGGAAAAUGCUUUACAAAAGUUUGAUGAUGGCCCAUUCUUCCUCGGCGACCUUAGCUUGGUUGAUGUCGCAUAUAUCCCGUUCGUUCAACGAUUUCAAGUCUUCCUUGGCGAAGUUUUCAAGUACGAUAUUACUGCUGGACGUCCAAAACUAGCUGCUUGGAUUGAGGAAAUGAAUAAGAUGGUCGCAUAUACGCAGACCAUAACCGACUCGGAAUAUGUCAUCAACUUUUUCAAAAAGUUCAUGUAAAUUUGUAUACCGCGUCAUCGUCCAUGUUGGUUUAUAUGAAGAUCGUGUGAGAAGAUUAUAAGUUUCUGGAUUUGGGCCAUUUGGCAUCUUUCUUAAUAAACAAGAUUUGCGUAUUGUUUCACUUUAGUCACAAGAGAUUUGGCAUCGUUCUUGAUAACGGUUAUGUGGAACUUUUGUAUUAAACCAAAUUAUUGUCAAUUUGGUUUUUAAACCAAAUGACAUUUUGUUACUAAACUAA